CCACCCACGACGCCGCGCAAUUGCGCCCAUGCAGCCAAUUCUCACGCAAUAUAAGUUCUUCUUCCUGGCCGUCCUCAUCCUGGCUGCCUCACUUCUUCCCUUGCCUUCCCUCCUGUCCCGGAGCGUUACCCGUCUCGCUCAAUUGAAGCAGCACCUCUACCCCUCCCCCGUCAUAAGCCUUCAGAAGCCUCUAGUAAGAAAUACUUCUCGAGCAACUACCACGAUGGCCUACGAAAAAGAACUCGAGACCGCCCUCUUAGCUGUUCAGCGAGCGACGCUGCUUACAAAAUCUGUCUUCCAUUCCCAUUCCAAAGGCACGCUGUCCAAAUCCGAUGCCUCCCCCGUCACGAUCGGCGACUUCGGCGCACAAGCCCUCAUCAUAUCCUCUAUAAAGCACGUCUUCCCUGAGGACGAAGUUGUGGGUGAGGAAGAUGCAGACGACCUACGAAAGGACGACUCGCUGCGAGAUCUGGUCUGGGACUUAGUGCAGGCCGCCAAGUUGGAAGACAGCGCGGCAGAGGACAAAAUUGGAGGGCCAAUCAAGAGCAAGGAGGCGAUGCUAGAUGCCAUUGAUGCAGGACGGAGCGCCGGUGGCAGGAAAGGCAGGAUCUGGGCACUUGACCCCAUUGAUGGGACCAAGGGGUUCUUGCGGGGUGGACAGUAUGCUGUCUGUCUAGCGCUCAUGGUGGACGCCACACCUACUGUCGGUGUCAUCGGAACCCCCAACCUCCCAGUGGACGACCAGGCACCGCUGGACGCCUCAAUCGGCGCCGAUGCAGAUGACAGCGAAGGCAAGGGCGUGCUAUUCGGCGCUGUGAAGGACGAAGGUGCAACUAGCCGACCACUGAGCAAAGGAGCGCUACAAGAGCCACGAAAGAUUACCAUGAAGCCCAUCACCAACAUCAGCGAAGCUACAUUCUGCGAGAGCGUCGAGGCAGGACACUCCUCCCACGGCGACCAAGCAGCCAUCGCAUCAAAGCUCGGAAUCACGAAGCCUAGCGUGCGCAUGGACUCACAAGCGAAAUAUUGCUCCAUUGCCCGAGGAGCAGGCGAUCUUUACCUCCGGCUGCCGGUCAGCAAGACAUAUGAGGAGAAGAUCUGGGAUCAUGCGGCCGGCGUGGUGAUUGUGCAAGAAGCAGGUGGAGAAGUCACGGAUGCAUGGGGAAAGCCGCUAGACUUUGGCAUUGGGCGGACGCUGAAGGAGAACAAGGGCGUGGUUGCUGCUCCGAAGGCUGUCAUGCCAAAGGUAAUUGAAGUGGUGAAGGAGGUCCUCAACGCAAAACAGUAGCCCAUGAAUAAUGAAUGCACUCGGUGCCACCCCAAAC